UGUCUUGGGGUAAGGAUCCGAAUCCCACUGGUGUCACACCAAAACAAAUUUAGAAAUGGUGAAGCUAGCAUCUGCAAGGGACUUCCGCACCUACGGCCCGGGCCUCGCCAAAAACCGCUUCGAGUACAUCAACGCAGGGCUCUACCUCAUUGCCACCAUCCUCCUGCUCUCUGGCAUCACCGCUCAGCUUUCCUCCGAACCCCGAUCGGGCCUCGUCCUCAUCUUUGCCGCCUUCGCCUUCAUCUUCCUCCUUAAUCUCCAUGACCUCUUGGCCCAUCUCGCUGGCAUCGAUUUCCGGUUACACUUGAUGACCUUCGACCUCCAACUCGCCUUCGUCGAGUUCGCCGUUCCCGUCAUUCAGAUGCUCGGAGCGCUUUUUUCCUUCGUCGGAGUCUUAUUCCUUUUUAUUGAGGAGGAGAAAGGAUAUGGGCACUUCGAACCGGAGAAGCAUGCUCUUAACAUGCUUGUUGCUGGUCCUGUAUUGUGGGUGAUAGGAUCAAUUCAUAACUCAUGCCAAAUUUAUGAGAAAGCGGACGGUCAUGUCCAAAUCUUGCAGCAGUGUGUGUGUAUUCCAUUUUUUAUGGGGAGUAUGUCAUUUAUGCUCGGUGCGUUUCUCAAUCAUUGGAAGAAGUCUAAGGAGACUCACCAUGGCAUUCACUUACUUGGUAGCACUUGGAUCUGGCUAGGCAUCUUCGGAAGCCUAAUGUUGCUUAUUGGUGGGUUGACAAACUUAAUCAAAGUGUUCAAGAUGCAACAAAUGAAUGGAAUUAGACUGGAGAAACUAAGAGGUGGAGCACACGAGCGUCUGGUGUGUUCAAGAGAAGGACAUGUUCCCCUGAUCAUUGAACGACAAACUUUAAGCCAUGAACCUCAAGAGACCAAAGUUACUUUACCUAUUCCUAUGCCUGCUCCUGCUUCUACUCCUUAUAAGGAUGUCCUUAUUGGUAGUGCUAAGUAAUGAUUGAUGCUGUCUCCACUCCUUAUACUCCUCAUUUUCUGUUUCCUUUUUUAAUCAGGGAGGGCUUUCUUUAUGUUACUAUAUAUUAUAUAGAAGCAAUUUGAUCAGGCCAUGGAUAGAUAGCAACCAAGAUUCAAGUUUCAAAACAAGAGACUCUUAUCUUAGACUAUAACUUCUAAUGACACUAUCAUACCUUGUCUACA